AUGCAUCUAUCCAAGUUGCUGCCCUUCCCCACAUGGACUGAUCAGGCCGUAGGCGGCGUAUCUGUCCUGGAUCUUCCACUUCAGGGUCUAUCGGGCAACCAGUCUCUUCUCAAGCACUUUGUUGACAUCAUCAACGACGUCCCUCCUCCCGACAAAAACAUCAUUGAGACAACAGUCAACAGUGGCAGCUGGGGCAGACGCGAACUCCCCGAACCAUUCUGUCCCAAAACAGACAUGGAUGUCAAGCUAGUCACUCAGUUUGUGGUGAUCCCACAAAACAACGGUAAAGUAUGUGUGGUGACGCACAUGUACUCCCCCGACCUGAAACUUAGCAAGUCCACUGUGGAGGCACUUUGCUACAGCGCCCCACAAACCCUGCAGUGGCAGGGCCACGCCAUGACCUUCAGGAAAGGUUGGCAAUGGUUCUUAGAGCAGAUGGGCGGUUGGCAGUGUAGGCAAUACGCUCUGUCCCACGUGCUCCCGUCCGAAAAAGGUCGUGCUGACAAAGCCGGCAACUACAUGUCAGGUCUUACAGAGGAGGAGGUUGACAAGGGGUUUGCCUUCAUCGAGGAAGAAGCUGGCCGACUUGGCAGCGAGUGGAGACGAGUCCAGUGGACAACCAAGAACUUAAACAUCAACCCCGAAUCCCCGAUUUUUGGUUGGCCGCUCGGACUUGUGGAGAAGUCAUUGAAGGCCAUUCAGACUGACGGCGUCCUCACACUCCCCACUGAGGAUUUCUACUUUACUCUUGCAGACUUAGACUACUCAUUUCUGCAAUUCGCCGGCCGCCACGUCAUCAAGAUGAUGAAAACCCAUGCAGUGGGCAUCAUUGGGGGGCCUGGCAGCGGCAAGACGCCACUUGCUAGGAUCAUCGCCCUUUGUGCCUCUCGCUACUGGAAACGUGUCCUGAAUGUCACAACCCCGGCAUCCUAUCGCGAAUCCAGUGAGUUUGACUUCUUUCGAGGCCAGCCAGGGCGAAAAGACAGACCAGACAUCUACGAUGACGGAUGUCUCGCCGAUGAACCCGUCCGCAAGUUGAAGGGCUUCACCGACGUGGGCUGUACCAUGCUCACAAAGGAGCGGUGGGGAGCCGCAAAGUUUGUGAAGGGACAAUUCCGUGUUUUCGUUUGCAAUGACUACGUGCUCACAGGAUUCCUCAAGGAAAAUCAGGACAUUCGUCCUGGCAUCACCAUUCGCAUGUCACAUGAGGACUUCGUGAAGGUCAUCGCCCCCAUGUUCCCCAGCAACACAGAGGACCCACACAUUAUGGCUGUGUUGAAGCGAGCAAACGUUAUCGUCAAUGCCGGCAAAAUCAUGAUGUACCGCAAAGCAACCGAAAAUGAAGUCAGCGUCCCUUGCCUUAUCAUGGAAAAAGCUGUGGAUUUCUUGAAGCCUGCAGCUGCAAAGCGGUACAUGCAGUAUCGCGACGCGAUCAGUACAAAACAUGCAGACUUUGAUGAAGACGUCAAGUGGGAGGCUGCCUAUGUGGAUGCUAUCCUCGCUGAUCAGGUCCACAUCAAGCAAGAACAGCAUCGCUUUCAUCGUUGCCUGUCGACCCUUUCCGGUGAGGUCAUUGAUAUUUGCUCGCCGCCCAAGAAAUCUGCCCGCACGGACCACUUGCUUGAAGUGAAGACCGAGAGCAUCAAUCAAGCAGGGUCUUCCUGUGACGAUCGCACCGAAAGUCCUCGAGCCAAGCCCGUGGACUUGGAGCCUCCCUCUCCGAAGUCUCCACUUGCACCUGGCAGCCCCAAGUCUCCACUUGUGCCUGGCAGCCCCAUGGAUCUUGCAGAGGAAGUCCAUGACCCUAUGGAUGAUCUCUCUGAUGAACUUGAGGCUGAGCUGGACAAAUUGGAGUCUGAGAUUGACUCGUGA